UUGUAACCCAUUACGAAACCAAAACCUUCUGCACUGGUUCAUCUGUGUUUUAUUGUCUCCAUUCUUUCAUUUACUAUGAACAAGUCUCUGUGGCUGUUUGUGAUGUCACUGGGUUCCUGUGCUGCAUAGAUGAGGAGAUAGUCCUACUCUGAAAAACCCAGCAAACAGCUGAGAGCGUGAAGAGAGAGCUUCAUCCCUCUGCAGCUGUGAGUCAGGCAGAUGAGGCAGAGCGCUGGAAGAGGCACUCUGAAGCAGCACUACUGGGGUGCUCACCAGCCAGGAGAGGACCUGCUUUUAUACGACAGAUAGUUGGCGCAGCUUUAACCAGAAAUGGAGCCAGCAAACAUGACAGACAACGUUGGAAACAACACAGACAACUGUCCCACUAUUGAUGACUUCCGUAAUCAGGUCUACUCCACAUCGUACUCCCUCAUCACCGUGUUAGGGUUUGUGGGAAACGGAUUUGCCCUGAUGGUGCUGAUUAAAACGUACCGCCAGAGCACGCCCUUUAACGUCUACAUGAUGAACUUGGCCAUGUCUGAUCUCCUGUGUGUAAUGACUCUGCCGUUGCGAGUUCUCUACUAUGUCAGAAAAGGUCAGUGGGAGCAAGGGGAUUUUCUCUGUCGCAUCAGUUCCUACUUCCUCUAUGUGAACCUCUACUGCAGCAUUUACUUUAUGACUGCCAUGUCCGUCACACGGUUUGUGGCCAUAGUUUUUCCUGUGCAGAACCUGCGUCUAGUGACAGUGAGCCGUGCUCGUUUUAUAUGUCUGGGGAUAUGGAUUUUCAGUAGUCUUGCGUCCUCCCCCUUCCUUAUGUCUGGUCAAUCCAUUGACCCGAUAACAAAUAAAACCAAAUGCUUUGAGCCACCAAAAUCUGCAAGUGAUCGUCUACCCAAACUGCAGGUGCUGAACAACGUGGCUUUAGCACUAGGGUUUGUCCUGCCCUUCAUGAUUAUACUAAUCUGCUACGCCGGCAUAGUCCACACUCUGCUUUCUCGCACCCCAGCUGCCCGUCGACAGCAGAACUCAGCAUCAAAAGCCAUCAGAAUGAUCGUCAUCGUCCUGCUGACCUUCCUGGUCAGCUUCAUGCCAUACCACAUUCAGCGCACCAUCCACCUGAAUUUCCUCUCCAGGAAGUCAUCCUGCUCAGAACAAACAUUAAUGCACAAGUCCGUUGUGGUGACGCUGUGUCUGGCCGCCUCCAAUUCAUGCUUCGACCCAAUGCUGUAUUUUUUCUCUGGAGAGGGUUUCCGCAGCCGCUUGUCCUCAAUGCGCCACACUGUAAGAAACAGCACCCUGCGCCACACAUCCAAGCUAAAGCCCAUCACAAGCUCAGAAUCUGGAGAAAGGCACAAGCUGGAUGCAAGUUAAACUGCAGAAGGCCCAGGGGUCUUCAAACAAGCAGAGGUUCUCAGGCUGAAGGAGGAAAUGAAAGUAAUAUAUAAAAACAUGAAAGGGAAAAAAUAUUUAACAAAUGUUCGUGGUUAACUUACAACCUGAGUAUUUAAAUGUUCUCUAAGUAAUAGGAUAAUGAAGACAGGUUUCAUUUCAAUGAAUAUAUGUUUUAAAAGAUUGCCUAUUCGAAUUAAUAAUAUGAUAUAUGAAUGAUAAAUAACAGCCUAUUGGAAUUCAUAGGUUAGAGUAUAAUUCUAAAAAGAUAUCCUACCAUUGUUGGAAUGCAUUCCAGAUAAUGUUUUAAAAGAUGUUUUUAACCUGAGCGUUAUGACUGUGUCUUGCUUCAUACAUAUGAAGGAUAAAGCUGUCUUUGUAAAAUAUUGUGGAAUUAGAUAUAAAAAUCUAGACAUUAAAUGCUGUAGAUAAACAUUAUUCAUGUCCUUUUCCUUCCACUGAAGUGUUUACACUCAGCAAGGUCCAGUUGUAAAGAGUUCUGGUUUCAGAACUGCUACAAUUUAUGUUCCUAAGUUUGAAAUUGCUUUUACUGAAAUGCCAGAGAAAGGGUCUUUUCUCCGGCUGUAUGGAGUAACACGGUUCAGCCCCUCCUGCAUCUGUUGCCACAUACUGCUGACUAGCAGGGGGCUCAUAAGAAGGCCAAAUUAAAUUCUUUGAAAAUUCCUGUCAAGUACAAAAAAGACUUGAAAGUAAAGGUGCGCCAUCAUCACACUAAUUAAGGUAACAGUUUUUUUAAAGUCAGCAAGCAGUUAAAGAGCUAUAUUGUUUUUUUGAAAAGAGGUUCUGUGGCGUUAUGAUCAGAAAAUUGGCACAUUAGGAGCUUAUUGGAAAAGUAAAUAAUUCCUCGGAGUGGUGGAAGUUAACAGGAUAGUCAGAAAUUUGCUUUUUCAAACCGCCUCAUCAACAGGUCUGUUUAAUGUGACUCCACUGGGUUAAUUUUAAAGCACAGUGUAUCUGACUAGCUUGUUAGCUUCUAAUACUUCAAGGACUUAUUUACGCUAGCAAAUGCACCUUUGUGUAUAUGUAUAUUUAAGGACAUAAAGAUAUGUGCAUAAAUACAUCUUCUAACGCACCUUUGUAUAUAUGUAUAUUUAAGGACAUAAAGAUAUGUGCAUAAAUACAUCUUCUAACGCACCUUUGUAUAUAUGUAUAUUUAAGGACAUAAAGAUAUGUGCAUAAAUACAUCUUCUAACGCACCUUUGUAUAUAUGUAUAUUUAAGGACAUAAAGAUAUGUGCAUAAAUACAUCUUCUAACGCACCUUUGUAUAUAUGUAUAUUUAAGGACAUAAAGAUAUAUACAUAAAUACAUCUUAUAACGCACCUUUGUAUAUAUGUAUAUUUAAGGACAUAAAGAUAUGUGCAUAAAUACAUCUUAUAACGCAUUAAACAAAAAAAAACCCAGAGAGCAAAAUUCCUUGUUUGUAUGUACGAACUUGGCAAUAAAGCUGAUUUUGAUUCU